AUGACAUAUGACUCCAAAACCAACUUUGAUGAACUUAGGUGGGUGAUUAAAAUACGUGAAACCCUUGAUGAGGAGCUUGAGGAUGAUGGUGAAUUCCCUGUAUCCAUCUUCAAUGUUCCUAAGUCCCUUAUGGUUUGUGAUCCAGAUUCUUAUAUACCUCAGCUUGUUGCCAUUGGUCCUUACCAUUAUUGGCGUCAAGAGCUCCAUGAGAUGGAGAGAUAUAAACUUGCUGCAGCAAAAAGAUUCCAAAAACAACUACAAAGCCUCAAGUUAGAACAUCUUGUUGACCAAUUGAUAAGGUUAGAGCAUAGGAUUAGAGCAUGCUAUCACAAGUACUUAAAUUUUAAUGGGGAAACAUUGGUGUGGAUGAUGGCUGUUGAUGCCUCAUUUUUGCUAGAGUUCCUUCAAAUUUAUAUCAUUCAAGAUGGAACAAUGAUACCGGGAGUUUCUUCAAGAAUGUCUCACCUUGUUGAUUAUGCAGGAAGGAAAAUAGCUCAUAAUGCAAUCUUGAAGGACAUAAUAAUGCUUGAAAAUCAAAUCCCAUUAUUUGUGUUGAGAAAGAUGUUGGAGUUCAAAUUCUCAUCACUAGAAUUAACAGAUGACAUGCUGCUUUCAAUGUUUAUAGGAUUGUUUAAAGAACUUUCGCCUUUCAAGGUUAUAGAGGAGGACUAUCCAGAGAUUAUUGUCUCAGAGUGUGCACAUCUGUUAGAUUUUUUGUAUGAUAUGAUUGUGCCUAAAUUGGAAGAACAAUCAGAUCUAGUUGAAUUAGAGGAUCAACACAAAGAUAAGGAAGACAAUGAAAAAUCAUUCAUGAACUAUGCUAAGCAAUUCCUAUGUGAGGUUUGGAGGUUGCUUUCAAAAUUGACUGCAGCAUUAAUAAGCGUAAUGAAGAAGUUCCUACAAUGUAAAGCCAUGAAAGUUAUCACUAUGUUGCCUUGGACAAUCAUUUCUAACCUUCCAGGAGUAGGAAUUAUUAAGCAACCUGUUGAGUACUUAUUUUUCUCUCAAGAAAAAGAAGCAACCAAAGCAGAAAAUGGGAACUUAAGCUCAGAUAAUAGUAUCAACAAAGAACCUUUAAUGGAGGAAAUCACUAUUCCUUCAGUUACAGAACUCUCAAAAUCUGGGGUUUGUUUCAUGGCCACUAAUGGAGACAUAUCAUCUAUUAGAUUUGAUGUAAAGACAAUAACACUUUACCUUCCAACAAUUGGUUUAGACAUAAACACUGGAGUGUUCUUGAGAAAUUUAGUUGCUUAUGAAGCAUCAAAUGCAUCAGGGCCAUUGGUUUUCACCCGUUACACUGAAUUGAUGAAUGGGAUUAUAGACUCUGAGGAAGAUGCAAAGAUUCUUAGGGAAAAAGGGGUUAUUUUGAACCACUUAAAGAGUGAUGAAGAGGUGGCUAAUUUGUGGAAUGGGAUGAGCAAGUCCAUUAAAUUGACAAGAGUGCCGUUCUUGGAUAAGGUCAUUGAAGAUGUUAACAAGCAUUACAAUGGUAGAAUAAGUAUCAAAGUUUGGAAAUUCAUUAAGCUUAAUGUGUUUGCUUCAUGGCAACUUCUGACAUUCCUUGCUGCUAUCUUUCUCUUGUUCUUGAUGUCCUUGCAAGUCUUCUGUUCUUUCUAUAAAUGCAAUCGCAAAAGACGUGUCAACUUGACUAGAUGA